UGGAGAAAUUUACUUAUAUUUUGUUUAUGUCGUUGAUAUUUAGGCCUGGACAGUUUGGAGCUGAAGUGGAGAGGGUGCUUGGUGGUGGUCUGGUGCCAGGUUCUCUAGUAUUGGUUGGUGGUGAUCCAGGUGUUGGCAAAAGUACAUUAUUGUUGCAGAUUGCAGCAUUAAUAUCAGAAGGAAAUGAUACGGAGGAUUCAGCUCGAGUCAUAUAUGUAUCAGGUGAAGAGAGCGUUGAGCAAAUUGGAAAUAGAGCUGAUCGUCUGAGAAUUGUAGCAGAGGACCUUUUCUUAUAUUCGAGUACAGACAUCGAGGUGCAUCUUCUUAUCAUGUUCUUCUGCCUUCUUUAAUUAUCUCAAAGUGCC